AGGAAGAGCUAGAGAGCGGAGAUACACGAUGAUGUCAACACGGCAGUGAUCCUUUCGGUCUGGCAAACGCAAGGCCCUUUUAACCCAUCGAUUCCUUGAUAUAAAUAGUAAUGGUCCGGUGGGAUUGUGCAAGUAAUGUUGUGCUUGGUCUCAGAAGUGGUCGUUGUGUCGGGUCUGUCCUUUAAGGCGCAUUGCAGCGUUGCUCAAGGACUCUAGUGAUCAUCUGCAGCAUCCGGAGGAGUCCAGAUCCUACUGGCUGUUUGACCAGAGAUCAAGAGUCAUGGAGAAUCUGAGCCACAUCUCUCCAUAUCUACACUUCUGAGCUGGGUUUGAGGCAGGAGGACCAUGCUCUGCUCGGAGCGUGGCGUGGUGGAGGAAUGGCUCUCAGAGUUCAAGACGUUACCUGACGACCAAAUCCGCAGCUAUUCUGGCAGCCUGCGUCUGAAGAAAGCUCUUGUACCUGCUCUCUACGCUGUUAUUCAGGAGCAGCCCAGCAGUGAGCUGCUGGCUCCGGUGUGUCAUCAGCUGUUUGAGUUGUACCGGAGCUCCGAGGAGGGUUUGCGGCGGUUUACUUUACAGUUCCUGCCUGAGCUCAUCUGGGUGUACUUGCGGCAUUCUGCCAGCAGAGAGCGCUACCGCAACGGCUGUGUGGAGGCCCUGCUCCUGGGGAUAUACAACCUGGAAAUUGUGGACAGCAAAGGAAAUGGAAAGCUGCUGUCGUUCACCAUACCGUCUCUCUCCAAGCCUUCAAUAUACCAUGAGCCAUCCAGCCUGGGGUCCAUGGCAUUAACCGAGGGAGCCCUGAACCAGCACGACCUCAUCCGGGUGGUCUACAGCGGUCUGCUGUCUCAGAGAGAGACGUUUACCUCACAGAACAGAUUUGAGGUGCUGUCUUUUCUGAUGCUCUGCUACAACUCCGCUGUGGUGUUUAUGCCUGCGUCGUCCCACCAAUCGGUUUGCAGAAUGAGCACACGACUGUGUGUGAGCGGUUACCCGCGGCAGCAGCAGAAGUCGUGGAAGGAGCCGUGUAACCGCGUACGACUGGAGCCGGAGUUUAUGGUGCAGAUGCUGACUGCUGUUUACCACGCCAUUUAUAAUGGGCAGUGGGAUCUGGGGAGGGAAGCUUUGGAUGACAUCCUCUACCGAGCACAGCUAGACCUCCAUGCCCAGCCAUUACUGGUGGCGAAUGCAAUUAGUCGCUCACUUCCGUCUCGUCCUCCGGAGGGUGCGCGGAACCUUCUGGAGGUGGAAGUAACGCCUACCGGGAGAUGUGUCUCACAGGCAGCUGUCACUGCCGCCUCCAUUCGUCGCCUUCGCUGGAAACGAGAGGAUUGUUUUGAUUUCUCAACCUCGACUGAAUUCUACGCCUCCAUCACCCCCAGCCGAUACACCCCCCCGGAGAGACCAGACAAUCCUGUGGCACACGGGCGGAUAAAGUGCACCAUUCACCUAACCUUGCAAGGGGGUAGGCAGGGCUCAGGAACAUCUCACCUUUAGACAGUCCAUGCGCAAGCCCUGCCCUUCUUGGUCAUAGAAAGUGUUCAUUGGCUUACAGAUUAAACCGCCCCUUUGCAUGAAAAACUUCCUUCUGUUUGUUACUAGCGUCUCCACAUAACUCAGUGUUGUAUUGUGAUCAUUUGUGUUUAACCUUUUUAUUUGCGUUCAGUAUUGUUUUAGGAUACUUUUACAGUGCUUGCAAGGCACGAUUGAAUAAAAUUCCUCUUCUUUUUCCUUCUUCACAAAUUUCCGCAGUUCAUGCAGCUCAAAACACUUCACGUUUAAGUUCAUUUCCAAUAUUGUUUAAUAUUUGCAUACCGAACUGUGAUUGUUUUGGUGUUUUCAGGUCAUGUCGGAAUGAUCGUACUGUGUUUUCAAAUUGACUGCACAUGAACUCCGUCAUUAUGUCACAAUUAGUACUAACUCCUAUUUUUGAUCAGGAUAAUUGGAUCAAAAUUGUGUUUUGUGUAAUAUUCGUAUAAGGGUUGCCAAAAAUGACUACUUAACGAACAUGUGCAUCAAUUACACAUCUAAUGUGCAUUCUUUGCUCUUUCUUAUGUUGCAUUAAUGCUAAAGCUUUCUGUCUUUGUUGGGAAGUGAAAAAGAAGGAAAAUAAUUUUGGCCCAGCACAUUAAUUUUAUUCUGACUAUACUAUGUGCGUUUCCAAACUUGAAAGUAUGAACUUCUGAGGUGAAUGCAGCGUUAUAUCUUACACUACUGUUUAAGUCACCUUCUUGUCAUUCAAAACUAAAACCUUUGUUUGUCUGUAGAACACAAAUUAAGAUGUUUUGCUGGAUUUUUUUGAGACCUCUCUAACCCUCCCAUAGACAGCAAGGUUUCUAAUCGAUCGUAGUCCAGAAACGUAGCGAGGACAUUAAAAUAAUCAAUAUGAUGUCAGUGGUUCAUGACAAUACUUUUUGUGUGCAAAGAAAACUAAAUUAGUUUUCUCCAUGUCACCCAAUAGUGCUGUUUUGCAGAGUAUCACGUAUGUAAACCACAUAUGCAGCACAUGUUGUUAAUGUAUUUGAUAUUCUCCAAAAUUGCGCUAUUGGGUGAUGUGGAGGAGACAAGUUGUCGAAUAAAAUCAUUAAUUUAGUUUUUUUUUUUUUUUUUAAUGCAAAAAAAGUAUUCUCACAGCUUCUUAAAAUUAUGGUUAAAGCGUUGAUGUCACAUGGAUUAUUUUAACAAUGUCCUUUGCUACCCUUCUGAGCCUCGAUCGUAGCAGGAUCCUUGCUGUCCGUGGAGGGUUGGAGAGCUCUCAGAAUGCAUCAAAAAUAUUUAAUUUGUGUUAAGUAUGAAUAAAGACACACAGAACCCAAAUAAACUCACCUAAAACCGCUAAACUGUAGUGCAUUUAUGUUCUUAAAUCAUCUCAGAGUUCUCCAACAAAAUUGUCCCCAUGAGCUUGAGUUCUCACACGUUUUCAUGUGUAUGAAUGAAAGUGAAAGGAGCGCGUGGAAUCUAGUGUAACCGCAGCUUAACACUUCAAAGACGGUGUCUUGUUGUCUUCUAUCGGCUGCACAGGAGAAUCAACACAAGACGCGUGCUCGGUGUCAAAGCAGCUCUGAUGCAGCAUUUCACAGAGAUGCAUCCAAAAGCCUGAGCUUACUUCUAAACUCACCUAACGCUAUUCUUUUGCUGCCUUGCAAGCGCUGGUAUUACCUCUAGGAAAUGCAAAUCUAGUUAAUCCGGCUUUCUGUUUUCUCUGCCUCAUUUCUCCCUGGUUGUG